AUGGCAGCUGCAACUGGCUAUGAUGGCCCGAAUGAUGAGCAGUUGCAUGCGUAUGCCGACCUAAGUUAUGCUCACCAACCAUUCUACGGGAGCAAUCUGGUGGAGGUUUUUGCCGUGCGUGUCCCUGAUGCAGCCGCCUCCUCCCGAGGAAACAGGCUGCCGCCUUGUGGCAUAGUCGAUGUUGGUGGCGCCUAUUGCUCUGUGUCUCUGGUCUUCAGCAGGAUCCACCAUGACGACUCCAUCACUCCACAACCUUGCGAUUGGCAGGGCAACCUUGUGCUAACUGGUCCAGGAAGAGCCAUCUCAGCAGAUGGACCUAUCGGGUUCAGCAUUUAUCUCCAUGACAAUAGCCAAGAUAUCUCUGUUGAAGAAAUCUGGAACAAGAGCGUGCAUUUACACCUGGAGACCCCAACAUUGGACAGGCCCCUAUUAGAAACUGCCAAUACUCCUUAUGGUCCUGUGGAGGUGAUCUAUGCCAUCCUGAGCCAGGGAGUUGAAUGCAAAGUUGCUGUGAGGCUUACUCAUCGCGAUGUAAAAGAUCCUAUCAGCCUUUUUGGGAGAAUUGUCGCUCGCAGCGAGCUGUUUGAUAUCGGCUGCGUGCUUUUCUACAACGAAGACGUGAAGGGCAUAUGUGCACGAUCAGGAGAGCUGAUUCCCUUAGCUAGACAUCAGCUUGCGGUGCCAUUGUACAAGGUACUGGUAAUUGAAAUAGAUCUGCACUCUGAUUGUGGUGACGAGAUUAUGAGAGGCACACUAGAGUUUCAUCCCUUGCCCGAAGGCGAUCAAACGGCGCGUCUUAUCAGCAAGAGUGGUACUCAAAUUGAAGUGAAGAUCUUCAUUACAGAAUACUUUAGGUAG